ACUGAUGAAGAGUCAAUGUAUGCAGUCAAUGGUGAAGAGGCUUGGUACGCAGACUUUAAGAACAAGAUAGGAGUCCUGGUUCUGCCCAGUUUUGUAGAUCCUGUGAAAAUCCCAGAAGGACUUUAUGAAGAAUCUGUGUCUAUUCUACAGUACUGCAAAUCUGACCUGAAACUUGCACGUAGAGCUUUCAAGAACCUCGCACUGGAGCAGGAUGCUCCUUCCAGUCUGAUGAUCUACACCAAAGAAGACGUGGAGCUCAGAGAGAAGAACACCCUCAUCUGUUAUGUGACUGGUUUCUAUCCUGCUCCUGUCAACUUCUACUGGACAAAGAACGGAGAGAACGUCACCCAAGGAACCAGCACCAACGUUCCCUACCCCAACAAAGACGGUUCCUUCAACCAGUUCUCCAGACUGGAGUUCAUCCCACAGCUGGGAGACAUCUACAGCUGUACAGUCAAACAUCUGGCCCUGGACCAACCACUGACCAGAAUCUGGGAUGUGGAGCUUAAUGUUUCUGUAUUUUCUGAGCCUGGACCUGCAGUUUUCUGUGGACUGGGUCUGACUGUGGGUCUGCUCGGUGUGGCUGCUGGAACCUUCUUCCUCAUCAAAGGAAACAAGUGCAGCUGAUUGGUCAGGACAGAUGAUGUCAACAGUG